AUGGCGCGUGCCUACUCGGAGGCGGCGAGCCAGCGUCAGCCGGUGGCGGCGCAGCGUUGGACGGCCGCGACAGCGGGGUGGUGGCAGUGCGGCAGUGGGGCUGGCGUUGGGGCGGGCGGCGGCCUGGGGAAGGGCAGCGGCGGUGGGAUGGCCAGGAGUAGCGCCGCGCGUGCUGGUGUCGGGGCGGCACAGUGUGCAUUGGGGCGACAACGGCCUGCUGGUCUCGGCCUCUCGGAAGCAUUUUACACUCGGGAGGAUAAAGGAUGCCUGCAGACUAUUGAAGGGCCGGCGAUCUCAUAUGGGUACAACAGUUGGAUCUGCACAAGCCAUCGAAUAAUACCAGUACUCAAGUACUUCAAUAUCCUUGGAAUGGUUUAG